AUGUCACAAGCCACUCUAUACGCAAAUUUUAGAAUCAGAACAUUCGUUCCAAGGGCUCUAGUCAAUUUCUUGAAAUUAGACGUUACUGUUGUCGAACCAGAAAAGGCUGAACAACAAUUCGCUAAGGAUUUUCCAUUGAAGAAAUUACCAGCUUUCAUCACUAACAAAGGAUGGAAAUUAACCGAAGUUAUGGCUGUCAUGAACUACUUAGUCAAUUUAUCCACUGAUGAAAAAUUGAAGGCCCAAUUACUAGGUGAAGAUUUAAAGACUCAAAGUCAAGUAUUGAGAUGGGAGUCUUUAGCUAACACUGAUUUAUGUGGUGAAAUUGUUAAUGCUUUCAAACCACUAAGAGGUGAUGUUCCUUAUAACAAGAAGGCUGUUGAUACUGCAUUGACUCAAAUUGCUAAGAUCACUGAUAUUUACGAAACUAGACUAAGAGAUUAUACUUAUUUAGCUUCUGAACACAUCACUCUUGGUGAUUUGUUGUCUGCUGCUGUCUUCACCAGAGGUUUCAAUUACCUAUUUGGUAAGCAAUGGAGAAAUGAACAUCCAUCCAUUGUUAGAUGGUAUACUACUAUUAUUGCAUCUCCUAUUAUGAAGGAUGAAUUUGUUGAUUUCAAGUUCAUUGAUGAACCAUUAGCUCCACCAAAGAAGGAGAAAAAGGAUAAGCCAAAGAAGGAAGAACAACCAAAGAAACAAGCUAAGAAGGAAGAAAAGCCAGCUGCUGAACCAGCUGAAAAGAAGGCUAAGCACCCUCUAGAAGCUCUAGGUAAGUCUACCUUCAUUCUAGAUGACUGGAAGAGAAAGUAUUCUAACGCAGACACCAGAGAAGUUGCUCUACCAUGGUUCUGGGACAACUACAACCCAGAAGAAUACUCUAUCUGGAAGGUUGACUACAAGUACAACGAUGAAUUGACUUUGACCUUCAUGUCUAACAACUUGGUCGGUGGUUUCUUCAACAGAUUGUCUGCUUCUACCAAGUAUGUCUUCGGUUGUAUGGUUAUCUACGGUGAAAACAACAAUAACGGUAUCACUGGUGCUAUCAUGAUCAGGGGUCAAGACCAUGCUCCAGCCUUCGAUGUUGCUCCAGAUUGGGAAUCUUACUCUUAUGCCAAGUUGGACCCAACCAAGGAUGAAGACAAGGAAUUCAUCAAUAACAUGUGGGCUUGGGACAAGCCAGUUGUUGUCAACGGUGAAAACAGAGAAAUUGCUGACGGUAAAGUCUUAAAAUGA